AUGGACCCCGACACUGCCGCCGUGUUUCAGCGUUUGAAAGAAGAGGAUCCGAGUAAUAGGCGCUGCCUGGAGUGCGAUUCACCAGAGCCCCAAGGCCUGGGCGUUCAUUUGAGUUUUGUGCGGAGUAGCACAAUGGACGCGUGGCAGCCGCAGCAGCUAAAGCUGAUGGAGUGCGGCGGCAAUGCUAAAUGCAAGAACUUCUUUAUUGAAUAUGGAGUUUGGGAUAUGCCUCUUAAAGAGCGAUAUGCAACGAAGGCAGCGGCUUAUUACAGGGCUCUGCUGCGCUCCGCUGCAGAGCCGUCUGUUCCUGCGCCGCCGCCAUUGGACCGCGAAGCAGCAGCAGAACCCGAUGCAGCAGCAGCUGCUUCUCCUCCUUACUCCUCCCUGUCUUCUAUCCGUUCUCUGGGGUCUCGUCCUCUAGAUCAGCAGCAGCAGCAGCAGGAUGCCGCCAGGGAGGAGGACGGCUUCAUUGCUUCCCUGCAGCAGCAGGCAGCCGCUGCUUCUGCUGCAGCAGCAGCUGCUGCUGCAACAGUCAGCAGCACAGGGGGAGCAGCUAUAGAUACGGCUCUCCAGAGUGUCUCUUCCUUCGUAUCAGGCGCAAAAGAAUACACUACGAAAACCAUUGAAGCUGCAGGGGAAUCCGGCAUUAUUGAAAAGGCUAAAGGCGGAUUCCAGACUGUACGUAACCCUCAGCACCAGCAGCAGCAACAACAGCAGCAACAGCAACAGCAGCAGCAGCAGCAACAGCAGCAUCAGAAGAGAAAGCAGUUUGCUGGCAUGUUUGGCAAUGAGCGGGCGCUUCCGCCGGGCGGCGACGCGAACAGCAGCAGCAGCAGCCCUUCUUCCUCUCCCUCUGCAGAGCAGCAGCAGCAGCAGCAGCAAGAAGACCCACAGCGCGGCAGCAGCGGAGUGCUGCAGUCUGUGCGCGAGCUGACGCGCCGCUCCAUCUCAAAUGUUACUCAAGUUGUUCGUAGCGGCAGCAGCAACAGCAACAGCCCCGGCGCAGCAGAAGGGGGUAGCGUACUUGACAAGGCCAGAGAGAGCCUCAGCUCAUUAACGGCUGUUGCUGCUGGUUGGCUGCAGCCAGCAGAGGUUCCGCCUCCUGCAUGCGAUGCGCCGAACGGCGAGGGAUCAGCUGAUGCGGGUGCUGAUAAGUUCUUGUAG